UCAUAUACCUCUACAUGAAAAAUGUCCUACUAACCGUCGAUCCUUCACGUGCUUGGUUAUAGACUAAACACUUUUAAAUAUUUGCAGCCUCCAAAAGCGUUCUGCAAGACCUUAAAAAUGAAAAAGAAAACUGUGGACCUACAGCGAAAGGUUGCAGGGAACGUAAAAUUAAAAACGACCAAAAAUCUGUUCCGACUGCCUCCAAAAGCGUUCUGCAAGACCUUAAAAAUGAAAAAGAAAAUUGUGAACCUACAGAGAAUAGUUUCCGGGAAUGUAAAAUUAAAAACGACCAAAAAUCUGUUCCGACCGCGGAUGAUAAUUUCUUCAAAGAUUCAAACGCGUUCAAAGAGAAUGAUCAAAAUCCAAGUGACAAUGAGAAAAACGCUGAAAUAGAAACUCAACAAGAAUCCAUUCAAAUUGCUCUUGACAAAAAUGAGAGUGGAGGAAAAAGUACCCAACUGAUGAAAACACUUCAAAAAGGAUCCGAGCUGACAGAUUCCGAAGAAAUAGAUAACGAUGAACAACGUGGAAAUGAAACAGUUAAAGCAUCUUCGAACAAUGAUGUAUCACGUAUUGAAGAAUAUAUUGAUUCGAUUUGCACGCAGGCCGAAGAAUCUCUUCUACCGUCGUCUCUCGCCUCGGCAAUCAAUAACGAUUCUGAGCUCAUGGGCCUACUAAAUGAAAUUGUACCGAAUAGUCCUGCUCGGCCAGCUAAAUUUUUUGAUGUAGACGUUCCUUUCCGAACGUCAGGAGGAGAACAGUUGGAAGUUGCCGAGAGUGUCAGUGAGACCAAUUCGUUUCUCGACCAAGACGACUUUACUAAAGCAAUCGAAGCCCCUAUAAUAUUUAGUACGCCCAAUUCAGGAACCAUAAAGGACUGUACUGUGAGUCUUCGACGGGAUGAAACUAUUGUUUUGUACAAUACUGACCAUCAAACAGUAGCGAUUCAUGAACCUGGUUUAUCCACCUAUAUCGAUCGAUCACCACGUCUUUCGAGAAGGGAUGAAAACGAAUUCAAGAAAACCGAUACCACUUUCGAUAUUUCUGUGAAUAAUUUGGAAGGAAACGUAGAAGAACAUGCUGUAAAUUUCGAUGAAAACGCCAUAGUUGAAGCAGAAUUUCCAAAUGCUGAAAUGAUGAUUGCAGAUCGUUCCUGUAUUCCUACUGAAGUCGAAGAUGAUAGAUCUGAAGCCGAAGAAGAAGAAAUCGAAGAAGAUGAUUCUGAAGUUGAAGAUGAAGAAUCUAAUUAUAAACCCUCGUCGAAUCAAUCAUUAAGUGACUCAGAUGAAGCACCCAGUCAAAACGACCUUACUCAAAACAUAAACCGCGAUUCCAAGAGCAAUUCAUCGUUCGAGUUGUCCCUGACUGCGAACAUGCCGGGAAAGUCUACUCGUGAUGAUGCGGAUAUGUUUGUCAGAACGGCAAGCGGAAAAAAAGGACUCGACCGAAAAUCUUGGUUUAAUGAUGGAGAACUAUUAGUCUGCCGAAGGCCAAGUGCUAAUGCUCCAAGGGCAGCCUCGCAUUACAAACCAUGUUACCGCUGCAAAGGGUUUUUCUCAAAAAAAAAUAUCCGUCAUCAUGCUGCAUAUUGUUUUUCGUACGAUGGAGUAUCGAACCGAAGUCUGAUGCCGCUUGGACGAAUGCUCCUUGGAAGGAUUCACGAAGAAGCUUCGAAAAUCCUACGGGUAAAGAUUUUCCCUGUAUUAAGAGAAGACGAAAUAGUUCGGGUCAUACGAUAUGACAGGCUUGUCAUUCUGUACGGAAACAAACUUGCUGAGUUUUAUGGAGGUGAAGAGCAUCAACAUGAUAUGAUCCGAGCCCGAUUGAGGCUACUUGGACGAUUUCUGCUUGCCAUCAAACUCAUUAACAAGGAAAUAACGGAUUUUGCGUCCAUUUAUCAGCCAAAAAUGUAUGAUGACGCUGUCUCAGCCAUACAAGAAAUAGCCCAGUAUGAUCCAGUGUUAAAACGGUAUGCAGUCCCAUCAACGGCAUAUUCUAUUGGAUCUUUGCUGAAAAAAGUCGCUAAUCUAUAUAUUUUCGAUUGCAUCAAAAGAGAAGAUAAUCAACAGAAAGCUCGUGUUGAAGACUUCUUAAAAUUAUUAAAUGAAGACAUCUCUACUUCGGUCAAUAAGCCGGUUUUGAACUCAAUGAUUCUGCAAAAACGUAGAAAAAAAGUCGAACUACCGCCUAUCGCAGAUAUAAAAAAACUACGCGAUUAUUCGAAAACAGAGCGUCAGUUGGCUCUGGAAGCAUUAGACGAAGAGUUUUCGAAAGAUGCGUGGGUGCGUUUGGCCGAAGCAACACUUAUUGGAGUCCAGCUAUUUAAUCGACGUCGAGCUGGAGAAAUUGAACGAGUAUCGAUAGAGGAUUUUCAAAAUCACGAAGGUGUGAGCGUGGAAGAACUGAAGAGAAUGUCACUCGAAAGCCAAAAAGCAGCAAAAAACUACGUGCGCUUUACAAUACGUGGAAAAUUGAACCGAACUGUCCCUGUCCUUUUGUCGGCUGAAUUAUUGAAAUGCGUUGAAAAGAUUUUGGAAUUUCGUGAGAAGGCCGGUGUUGAUGCAACGAAUCCAUUUAUUUUUGGAAUUCCAAACAAGGAUAAAAUGAGACAAAAAUAUUUGAGAGCGUGUGUCUUGUUGAGAAAGUUCGUCAAAAAAGCAGACGUUGAUUUUCCGCACAAAAUGACUGGCACAACGUUACGGAAGCACGUAGCUACGACGUGUAUCAAUCUCGACCUAUCCGAAAAUGAGGUUGCUGAGGUAGCCCAAUUUAUGGGACAUGCAGAGAAAAUACAUCGCGUCCAUUAUCGACAGUCAAUUGUAAGUCGUGAAAUCGUAAAAAUGUCCAAAGUACUGGAACGAGCCCAGGAAGACCCUGACGGAAACGAUGAGAAGAGUACCGAUAGUGAGCGUGAUUCGGGUGGCGAGUCCGAAUCUGAAAUUCGAGAUGACUCGUCAGUACGUUCUGUCAAAAAAAACAAGGGCGGAGAAAUGAAGAAAAAAAAUUCCAAACGUGCAAAAAAAAUCUCUGAACAGCGAGAAGAUUCCGACUCCGAUUCAAACUUCGAUUCAGACUCCGAUCCAUACUCCCAAGGAUCAGGAAGUCAGCGAAAAAACAAACGCUCGACUUCUUCUCACGGUCCCGUCAUCAAAAGAAAACGAUGGAGCACUGAAGACAAAAAUAUUGCUUUAGAACUGUUUGGGCAUAAUAUCCAAAAACGUUCCUAUCCGUCUCUGAAAGAAAUCGAGAAAAAGUGUGCUGAAUACCCAACUCUACGUUCCCGCAAACCUCAAGUUAUCAAAACCUGGAUCUCAAAUGAGAUUAAAAAAAGACAACGUUGAUCGUAGUGGUUGGAUAAUUUUAUCAUUUAAGUUUUUUAUAUAUUCUUUUAUGCUGGUAACAAAUUAUGAAUUUUCUUUCAUAAAUUGGAUUUUCUACACUUUAUUACUAUGCUCAAAUAGUACAACAGUUCAUUCUACAAGAGGAAUUUUUCAUUUUUUAUACGGGCUCUUCAAUAUCUCACACGUGUUGAUAAUCAAAAAAAAAAAAAUUCUGUGAUUUUUAAAAUUAAGAUUGCACACAUGAUUAAUCUAAUGAAAUAUAACAUUUGCCUUUUUUUCAAGAUCCAAGAAAGAAUGUACGGAUCCCUCUUCAUAAUAUUAUUUAAUAUAAAUUUAAGUUCUCAUACAUGUUCCUAUAUUUCAAUAAAAGUUGUUAAUAUUA